AUGAAUGGAAGUGAGCAUAAAGAAUGGCAAGUAAAUCAGAGCAAGUUCCAUGCGAUUGCGAGGAAUAAUCUGAUACCAUUUAAGCUUAAGAGAAGCGUAAUAACAAACUAUAUGAUACAGCAUAUUGACUACAUAAUGAGGAACUUUUGUUAUUUUAAAGAUAUUGCAACAAUAAGUGAAUACCUGUGCACAGACAAUGGACAAUUCAAUUUUGAGUUCCACAACAGGAUAGGGAUGUUCAUGAAGAUAAUACGAUAUAAUGGAUCUGAUUCUAUGAAUGAUGGAUUGAAUCACAAGAAUGUACAGGAUAUAUAUGAAAUAGAUAGAAUUGCAGAUGAUUUGAAUGCAUUGAAAAUAGAUCACCAGAGCAAUCGAUGCAACCAAUAUGUAUAUCCACUGAGCAGAGAUGAAUGGAUGAUCGAAAGUCAGCUGAAUAUAUUUGGAGUAAUUGAUUGCGGCUCUAAUGUGUGUGAUGCUGAUGAGGAAAUGAUCAGUCUGCAUGAAUCUCUUCGGAAGUUUGAAGCGAGAGAAAAUUCAGGUGAUGAUAAUGGCGAGUAUCUUGCAUUCAACAGUGUGGAGUGUGUGUUUAGGCACUUUUUUGAAGUUUUGAGCUUUCAUUUUAAGAAUCAUCCGCACUAUAUGGUGGAUGCUCUUGAUGUGUGCUUCAUAAAGUCUGUUAUACGUUUUCUUGACUUUGAACCUGCGCUAGACUUUUUUGGUACGUUGCUGAAACAGAAGGGCUUCAACAUGCAGAAGCUGAUGAGAGUACUCAAAGAAGCACGCCCAGCUACAAUGAUGAUGGAUAUGAGAUUAUAUGAAGCACUGAAAAUGUUGCUUCUUACUGAUUGGAUUGAUAAUGACAGUGGAUCUGUAUCCAGUGAUGAUGAAGAUUUCAUUUAUGAAGAGAUAAACAUUAUUGGUGAGAGACUUGUUACUGCGUUUCUGGAGGAAGAUUCAUAUUUUGAAUGUAAACAGAUAUAUGAUAUACUUGAGAUUCUGAACUGCUCAAGAAGAUGCCCAAAACUUAAGCUUGUAGAGUUUAAAAAAGUUGAUAUCAAAACUGUUUUAUAUAUAAGAUUGAUAGUGGGGCAGUUGGAUAUCAUAAUAGACGAUAUUUUUCAAACAGAUGCGUAUCGAGCUUUUAUUGAUAUGUUUUUUGAACAUUCGUGCUGUAGUCUUGUAUUAGCACCUCUUGCCAUGCUUUUAAUUACUGCAAUCAAAGAUACAGCAAAGCUUUCUUUACUUAUCAAAGCAAAGUUUAUAAGUAAGUUUCAUUAUGCAUGUAUUGAUUGCAUAUCGGUCGAUCAAGGGCCAAAACCUGCAGUACAUGCAUUAUUUUCGCAUCUUGUAUAUAUAUAUCCAAUCCUUUCAUUCUACUUGAAUAAGUUUGAUAAGAGUCAGGUUCAAUCAGACAGAUGGGUCCAUCUUUGUUCAAUGAUGGAAUAUUAUAACAAGAUUGAAAUGCUUACAUAUUCAAACGAUGACGGUAUAGAAAACUUCAUUAAUGAGGAAUGUAUGAACGAAAGCUUUGCCAGGUAUAUAUGCCAUUUAAUUAUUGAUGAAAUGCCUGUUCCUUCUAUUCUACUCAAAAAAUAA